AUGUGCAAUCGCCUCAGUCCCCAGGGACAUAAAGUAAAAAGCUACCAGGCGCUGCGGGCGCUGGGGCGGGGAACCCACACCAAGGUUAUGCUGGCGCUGCACGUGCUCACGGGCAUGAAGGUGGUGGACACUGGGCCGAAGCUACACCUCGUCAUGGAGAAGCAGGAGGGGGAGGAGUACCACAAAGAAGAGGGGGAGGAGCGGCCGAGGCACAUCACCUUCCGGGAGCCUGGCCAACUGCCACCUGCCCUCACCCCCCGCGUCCUGCAGGUGGAGGAGAAAUAUCAAGAGGCUCAGGAGCUGCAGCAGCAGCGGGACCACUACCUUAGUCACCUUCAGCAGUACAUGGCCGCCUGCCAGAAGCUCGUGGCCGCCUACCAGCAGCUGGCCAACGAGAAGGACGUCCUGCAGAAGCCGGUGCUGCUUAACACCCAGCUUGGCAACUGGAUGCAGCACGAAGAAGAGCAGGGCAAGAUGGAGGUCGUGUUGGCCAACCAAGAGCUGCUGGAAACACAAGUGGGGCAGUUGGAGUGCCAGACACCCUGUGGCCGCUGGAGCAGGAAGACCUGCGAGCAGCAUCCCUUCUCACUCUUUCCUGCCGGCCCCACUGAACCUCCUGGCUCGGACUGGAGAAAUAAAUGGACUGAGCAGCCCACUGUCUGGCUGCAGGGUCACUUUACCAAGCUCAUUCAGGAGAAAGUGGACUUACAGGACUGGAUGGAGGAGCUGAAGCAUCGAUGUAUCUAGAUGUCUGGAGAGACUGACACCAUCGGACAAUACAUCGCUCUCUACCAGACCCAGAAAGCAGUGAUGAGGAAGGAGCACCGAGAGAAGGAGGAGUCCAUAAGCCAGCUGGCCCAGAGCAAAGAGGAGAUGAAGGUGAAGCUGUUAGAGCUGCAAGAACUGGUUUUGUGGCUGGUGGAGGUGCACAACGAAUGGCGGGUGAAGCUCUGAGCCCCUGCCCAGAACCCUGCUGCUGAGCCCACUAGCACAUGCCUAGCCCCCAAGGA